ACAGUGGGUAAGGCAAAAUUUCUCACCCGCAAGUAAAUGUAGCAACUAGUUCUCCAUUUCUACAUCUUGGUGACACUUUUGCCAUGAAAGUGACAGCCCCCAACUUAGCAUUAACAUUAACUCAAGCUGUCAAUAGGGAGGGAACGAACCUUGUUGGGACCCGAUCCUGCUCUGCUGUAUAGGGAGAUGGAGACAUUGCUCUUGGAAGAUUUGUAUGGAAAUCCCCAUCGGCUUUCCCUCUGUGGAAAGAUAAUCUUAUUUUACUACAAACCAGCUUCAGGCACAAAUGACGGCGAAAGAAGCGAGUUAAUAUUCUGCAGCCUUUCAUUUGAACGGGAAGACAACGCGUUCCUGAAGGCAGCGCAUGGAGAAGCCGUCAUCAGCAGGAAAACAUCAGCUCAUGUGGAUAUUGUAAAAUGUAAAUGUGCCAUAGACGUUCAGAGGAGAGUCACCACGCCGUGUGUUUUGGUGACACAGAAGAGUGAGAAGGGAGAGAGCUUCCAGUAUAGUCUGUUCACACUGAGCAGCUCAAAUCGACUGGAGCGCUGCAUUGAGUUUAAACUCCCUUAUCGAAUCAGGGAGACUGUGUCAAUCCUCCAGGGCCCCACAGUGUUGUGGAGUCAUGCUGGUAAUGUCUUCUAUACUUCUUUGCAGGCAGGAGAGGUGAGACAGAUACCCAUUCAGUUGUCCCACAAUGUUUUUGGACAACUUCCACUCCGCAAAGGACAGGUAUUUGUUCUUGGUCUGCAAAAUGAAAACAGUCUGUCCACAAGCCAAACCAUGGGCUGUUUUGUUGAGAGUGGACAUGCGUUUGAUGGCACUAUGAUUCUACCUCAUCCCUACAUUUGCAUCACACGGUGCAUCUUGGUGCUCUCAGCUGACAGAGUGAAUGGUACACUGAAAUGUGCUGUGGUUGCAGCGACUUCCAAUCAGCAACUCAUUUAUUUUGAGAACGGAAUCAUAAAAGACACAUGUCAGCUCCCCUUUGAGCAACCUGAAGAUAUUCAGGUGGUCAACGCUGGAAGGAAUGGCUGCCUGUUUGUCAUAUCCUUUCACCAGGGACAUGUUUGCGCUAUAUGGAAGGAAACAUUUGAGAUAGCCUCCCACUGGUCAGGUGUCAGCUCCGUUCAUGUGGAUGACUUCCUGGGAUGUGGAACAGACCAGAUGCUAUUGGUUUUUAAGGAUGAAGGUGUAAUGGGGCAGCCACUGGAAAAUUUCCUCAUCACCGACCUCUGUGGUAUUUCAUAUUCUAAUGGACAGGACACGGCAGAACCGAAGCGAUCUCCUCCUCCUCCAGAAAACUAUCUUCUAACUCUUCAAGCCUUAGAGUCCAGACUACAGAGUGGACUGACCGUGCUUCAGGAGCUUCAGAGAGAAGUGAGAGUGAAGGAAAGAGUUGUUCAGCAGUCGGUCCAAGCCCUUACUGACGCGGUCUCAGGAAGGCAACCUAUUCCCACACAGACUGAGCAGGAAGGCCUCAUUGCUCUGUGGGACUCUGACGAUGAGUCAAAGGAUGAGGCCUUGGAUGACAAGACGCAAGACAUGCCAGCAGUGUCUUCAAAACCUCAAGUUGACAAGCUGUGGCAUCGCAUUGCACAGGACCGAAUGGUUGUGGGAGUGAUACUGACGACUGACAGCUCUGAACCAGUGGCCAGUGUGAGCUUAUCCAUCCUGACAGAGACGGGCCAGAGCUCAACGCCUGCAGUCAUCCAGACCCAGAGCCAAGUGUUAUGGCUCCCCACAUCCUGCUCCUCAUCAUCAUCCUCCUCCUCCCGCUCUGCCUCCAUGUUCCCAGAACCUGCAGCCAAAAGAAGCAAGCAGGACAACGCCGGCAGACCCAAUGAUCUCAACACAUGCAGACUGGCUGUGACUGCUGUGACCAGGCUGACUCCUCUGUUGAACUCUGGCUGUGUCAAGUGCCGUGUCAUGCUCCAUUACGUCCAGAGACAAGAUGCUUUUUCCCUCGUGAGCAACCCAAUGCCGGUUGUCCUGCAUUGUGGUCAAGUUGCUGUAGACAUCCACAGUGAUUUCCAAACCCAGUUGCUGAAAAACCCAGAACUCAAAACAGAUGAGGUGAAAGAGGACUUGCUGAGUUUGUUGGCAGUGCUUGAUCGCUGGGUCUUCCACAUAGAUUCUCCUGAUCACAGCUUAGGUGAUAUAGAUGGAUGGAUUCAGAAAAGAGUGGGUUGUAAGAGGAUAGAAGUGAGUCCUCAGUAUCUACUGUUAAAUUCUUCUGGACCAUCUGCUCUGAUGCUGCUGCACUGGCAUCAGAUAACUCCUUUCCAGGGGGAACUGUCAGUCCACUCCAGCCAGUUACAUAUGCUUCAGUUCCUGGACUCUCUCUUGGCUUAUCUCCCUGUGUCCUGCACCAUCCAGCCUGUUGAAGGUACAAGAGGACAGGGUGCAGCUCAGAUAUUUUCUUUGGCAUUGGAAAAAGAGGUGGUGUCACUCAGAGAUUGUGUGUCGUUGCUUCUUUGUGAAAAAGAAGAGGAUGAGAAGCGGAGGAACCUUGGACACGAUGAGACCCCUGAUCCAGGUUCAGUGGAGGGGCUACAGAGGUGUAGAGAGGCGUGGCAGCAGGACAUGGAGAGGAGUAGGAUGAGGUUGAGCCCCCUGGUGGAUGUGGGGAGGUAUCGUAAGCUGACCCAAAGCAUGUCCAAAGUCCAGCUCGAUGGGGAUUUGGCAGCUCUCUUAGAAAUACAGAGAACUCCGCUCCACUAAUAUGCUGUAAACAUGGUCAUUUUUGAAAAUCCCAUUGCUAGGUUUGCAUUUUACUCCAUCAAGCAGUAAGUACUAAUGGGGGGGAAAACAAGUCUUUAAUAGUGCAUCAUGUCAAGUGUAAUAACUGAAAAAAGACAGUUCAUCAUAUAUGCUCUGCACGUGUAUUAAGAAUUACCGCCGUUGCUGGCUUGGCUAUGUUCUGAACUCAGACAGCUUCUCCGGGUUCAUAUCUUUCGAGUGUCUGUCGCUCUGUAGAGCCACGGCCUAUUUCCACUGGAUCACUUCCUGGGUUUCACAACCUUAAUCUGAUCCUGAUGCGAUGCUGCGUCUCUGCUCAGCUUAUUCUUCUGUUCAUGUCCCUUUAGACCCUCUGUGUUCAGCAAUGCUCUUUUGCAUUUGUUUGUUGCUGCUGUGUGCUAUUCAGUAGGAGACAUCUACUGAAUAGCACACAGCUACUACUUUCAUCCUUGAUUGAGAAACUUUUUGUUACGGGUAACGACAACAUAGGACAGCGGAGCAAGGGGUUAUACAUACGCUCACUGGCUGUAGUUGACUGAAAGCUUUUAGUGGUAUUUCUUUUCAUGGUUCAGUUAUUUUCCUGUGAAAUGAUGUAAAGAAAACUUUGGAUACUAUUUCUCCUAUGAUGCUUCACAGGCUGUCAGUGCUGUUCAAGUGCCAUUCGUCCAAGUAAACAUCAAAUCCUACUUAAAAGAGCCUAGUCUUUGCUGUAUUAAUAAGGUCUGUGGCAGCUUGACCAGUAGUGUUUGCCUUUCUAUCCCAGCGGGCGCUGAAAAACAAAGAUGCACAUUUUGUUUGUUCUGGGAACUACUCCAUGUGUUGGUAGUACUCACUUAGUCUGAGGAGAGAUCCAGUGCCCCUCUUUUACACCUUUUAAUGUUUCUCCAUUAUUGCCCAUAACAGCUUCCACUGGAUUUACCGCCACAUAACUCCCAUAAACAUAGUUAUACCAUAAUUACUUCAAAUUGCAAUGCUGCUAUAAGAUGAUGAAACACUAUAGUAGUAAAAAAUCUUUUUUCUUGUGUUAGAAUGAAAAUAA